AUAUAUAUAUAUAUAUAUACACACAUUUUACUUCCUUAUUCUUGAAAUGACACUUUGGGUUAUAUAGUUUGCUUUGUCUUUCAACGAGAUGACGGGACACAAUGCUUUCACUGCUGCAGGCACCGUCUUAGGGACGUUUUCCUUUCUGUGACACAUACCUUACCUGUCAGCUGUUGACAAAAGGUGACGAGUCUGUGAUGAUGAUGAUGGUGAUGACGAAAAAAAGCUCUCAGGACACAAUGGUCUUUCGAGUCUUUGUGCCACGACUAUUUCUUUAUCUCUGACACUUUACCUGCUGCUUUGGUUACAGUUCAGUGAUAACGUGGAGCCAACGUCGACCAGGAAACGUCGUAAAAACGCAACGUUUCAAACCUCAAUGCAGUGGAUUUGAAUUCACUGUUAUUUCAAUGGGAGUUUUGUGAAGUGUAACAGAGAAAUGCAGCCCUAUCCAGGGGUUUUGCAACACGACCAGGUCUCACAGCGUGGCUGCAAAGCACAGGAAAAUACACGAGGACGAGGAUGAGCUGAGUUUUUUUUUCAAUACAGAUUCUAUGUUUGCCAAGAGAUGUGAAUAGACCACAUGGAGGCAGGGAGUCAUGGUCAGUUGUUGUCGGCUGAGCUGAACAUGCCGUUCUCGGACUCAGUCAAGUACAUCCUCCUUGGCACCUCCGUGGCUUUACUCCUUGUGGCUCUGGGCAUCUUGACGUGGCAGACCUUCAGAUACUGCAAGACGCGCAAGACAUACACCCGGCAAGCUAGAGUGCACAGUGACGUGCUGUAUCUGGACGAAAAGCCAAGGACGGCAGAAAAUUACUCAGCUGCUCCAAGUUCUAAGGUGGAGGAAGUCAGCACUGAGGUCCUCAAGCUGAGUCGCUGUUUGCCUCAGGUCCCUAUUGCCUCCUCAGACUCCAGCCACACAGGAGAGGUGGAGGAGCAGGGCAGCAUUAAGAAGGUGGAUGGAUCGCUGCGCUUCUCUGUCCACUAUGACCAGCCGCAGUCCCGUCUGGGGGUCACCAUUUUGCAGGUGAAGGGACUUCACUGCCAGACUGGUGGCAUCCAGCCCUUUGUUAAGGUGCGAGUCAUGUGGGCAGGAUCGCGACGAGUGAAAGUGGCAGAUUACAAGGAUGAGGAGGGUGAGGGGGCGCCGCCGGCUCUGUGGACAGUGUUGCAAGAGUGGCAGACUCGCAUCGUCAAAGGCAUCUGUAGUCCUUUAUUUGGAGAAAAAUUCAGCUGCGUCCUGGAACAGGAAAAAGACAUGCUUCAGUCCAUCAACCUCAGGAUGGAGGUGUGGGACUUUGACAAAUUCUCCAGAAACACAUUGUUGGGACAUGUGAGAGCUCCUCUAGGGCACCUCAACAUCUCCAACCCUCUGGAGCUGCACGAGGAUCUACAGAUUCCCCAGAAGGAUCUGGUUGGACAAGUGCUGCUGUCACUGAAGUUUCUGCCCACAUCUCAGAGGCUGGAGGUCGGUCUGCUGAAGGUCAGAACAGUCCUCACUGACACAGGCUCUGACACUGCCCUUUACGCCAGGAUCAGUGUCCAGUGCAAUCAUUACAAGCUUGGCUACCAGAAGACCUCAGCAGUGUCCCGGUGCCUGGUGACCAUCUUCAACGAGGUGCUCAUGUUCUCGCUGCCCGAGUUCCCCACGGAGCAGUGUAAGAUUCUGGUUUGUGUGUACGAGACGCACACAAGCUGGAAGUCCACCAAACACUUGAUGGGACAGUUGACUGUGGGGAAGGUGAAGGGCUCAGAGGACAAGCACUGGACCUUGAUGAUGCGCUCAGUUCGCCAGCCAGUAGCAAAGUGGCACAGCCUUCUGAUCUGAGCCACACGGCACCAAAAACCCUCUCCUGAAAAAGCCCACCACAUUAUAUCAAGCAAUAGAUACAUUUUUGCAUCAUAUUUAUGUCUUUAUUGUGAACUAUACAUUGCUCCAUGUCAACAAAUGACACUUUUAUUGUGGAAAAGGUGUCACAAAUAUUGUUAUGGUGAUAUAAUUUUCAACUCAUAUUGCCCACCCCUACUGAACGGUUGCUUUUCCCCACAAAGUUGAACUUAUUUUCACUUGACCGGCCCCCAAACAACCAGACUUGACGCUCAGUGUCCCCCCAGGUUAUUUGAGAUUGAGACCCCUGGUUUGAUUUCUAGCGAAAGUGUCAUUUAAAUUUAAGACAGUGACUGAAGCACCAUAGCUAAACACCCACAAAUGUGUUUAAAAAAUAAAAA